AUGCCUCGCACGUCCCUCCUCGCCGGCCUCGCCGCAUCCUCGCGCUCCAGGAUGCUCCGCCCCUCGACGCCGCGCAUCUUUUCGGCGCCAUCGGCAACAGCACCGACAGCACCGACAACGCCAACGCCAGCGGUAUCGGCGCAUCCUCGCACUCCCGGGGCAUCCACGUCGCUCCUGCGCUCCUUCAACUCGCUCUCGCUCUCCUCUGGCGUCGCGCGGUCGGCCGCCUCGCCCCUCUCGCUCCUCUCCGCCCUCUCCCGGCCCACCCUCUCCUCUUCCUCGUCGACCUCCCCCCUUGCAACUGCCACCGUCGCAUCGGCGAGGUCGGUCACUUACGGCUCCGAAUACCAGCCCUCGCAGAGGAUCCGAAAGAGGAGGCACGGCUUCCUCGCUCGCAUCAAGACCAAAAACGGCAGGAAGACAAUCGCCCGGAGGAGGGCAAAGGGCAAGGCCAAGCUCAGCCACUGA